AAAGCAGUUCAGUGUUCUGUGAUACAGUAGCACCAGGGUGGGUGCUGGAGGGUCACCCAAGGGCACAGGUCUUGUGCACCGGUCCCAGCCGAAGGGUGCUGUGCUCUGGGGUUGGACUUGGAAGUGGGCCUCUGGGGAUAAAUGGAGUCUCCUCUGGCUUUGAGUGUAGUAGGUAUUCAUUAAGCACCUUCAGGUGACCCUGUAGGACUGAGAUGGGCUGUGCCUGCACCCCUGGCCACACUGUCUCUAGUGACCAGGCUGGGGUAAGGCCCUGGUGGACAUGGGGUCCAGGAGCAGCGUUUCCCCGCUCUGCAAGGCCUGCUGCCCAGGCUUCCCGCUUAUCUCCCAAGCAAAGUAAACACUCUCAGAAGCUGCUGGGGGCAGGGCCUCCAUUCACGAAAUGGGAAGUGCGGAGCAGGGGUCCACCAGAAAGUGGCUCUCUGUGGCAUACCCAGGCAUGCAUCAUACAACUGAAUUUCUCAGGAUUUGAAAAAACCUGCUCUGCAUGUAGACACUGCAUCAUUCUCUGGGGCUACCCAGAAGGAAGCCACGACACAAGGACUGCUGAAUCCCCGAGUGUCUAGCUGUGUGGGUCCAUCUGUUGCUCCUUUUUGUGGCUGACUUGAGGUUUGGAGCUCGCCUGUUGCAUAGUUGACCUAACAUUUUUCUGGUAAAGGACCUCAGCUGCUUACUGCUUGGGCUGCUGCAAAUGAAAGUCAUUGUAAGCUCCUGUGGCCCGCUCUGUGUGGAUGUUUUCAGGCCUGGGGAAAAUGCCCAGUACUGCAAUUGCUCAGUCAUUUUUUGGGGGGGAGGAGCACUACUAGGGAUGGAACCCAGAACCUUACUGAAUUACACCCCAGCCCCUGUGUUUCAUUUUGAGACAGUCUGGCAAAAUUUCCCCAGGCUGAGCUGCAACUUUCCAUUCUGCCUCAGUUUACCAGUGUGCUGGGAUUACAGGGGUGCAGUACCACGUCUGGCUUAUUUGCAUCUGUGUUUAAGAAGAUACUUCUAGUGUCCACUCCCUUUACAUGGAACCACAGUACUGGGUGGGCCAGGUCUCCCCAAGUGGUAGUCUGGCACCUUUUCUAGGACAAUCCAUGAAGAAGGAAGGGUCAAUUUGGCUUAUUGUUGGCUGACCCAAUGCUGGGUGACUGUUAUUACAUCUUUAUGCUUAUGAAUUCUGUGGUGCGCACAUUAAAAAUAACAGCCAGCUGUGGUGCAUGCCUGUAAUCCCAGCAUUCAGGAGGCUGAGGUGGGAGGGUCUCCACAAGUUUGAGGACAACCUAGGCUACAUAGUCGGAAGCCAUCCUGAACCACAUAGCAAGACUAGCAAGAUCUUUCUAAAAACCAAAAAAAAAAAAAGCUGGUGAUGUAUCUCAAGAUUAGGGUGUUUGGUUAGCCUGCAUGAGACCCUGGGUUCUAUCCCAUGUGCUGAGAAAAAAGAGCCAGGCAUGGUGACUUGGGCACAUAACCCCUGCACUGGGCAGGAAGAUCACAAGUUGAGUCCCACCUGGGCGAUUUAGCAAGGCCUUGUCUCAAAUAAAAAGGGCUGGGGAUGUAGUUCAAGGUGAAGGCCUUGGGUUCAUUCAAAAACCCCAGCACCGUACAAAAGGACAAAAUCAGGAAAGAGGUGAAAUAGCCAGGAGGGAGAGCUCACCCCCGCUGUGUUCCCACACCCCCUAGCCAGCUGCAGGACACGGGGGCUCGGACAGGAAGUGGCUGCAGAUAAACAGGGCUCUGCAGCAGGCAGGGCUCCCCGUGCUGGGCCAGGCUGCUGGCCUCUAAAUAGCAGCUAUGCUGCCCUGCAGUGCAGUGUCCCCGUGGGACCGCAUCGGUCAGGACAGCGAUUGGGACGUCCCUCGCCUAACGUGUGCUGCUGGGAGUCAAUGUCCUGCCGGUGCCCACAAUGAGCAGAGACCUGGCGCUCAUGAGUGUGCUACUCGGCCUAGCCUGUCUGUUGCUGCUGCCACCUGCACGUCCCCAGCCAGCUGCAGAGGAUGCCUGCUCCGUGCAGAUCCUUGUCCCCGGCCUCAAAGGGGAUGCAGGAGAGAAGGGAGACAAAGGAGCCCCAGGACGGCCUGGAAGAGUAGGUCCCACGGGAGAGAAAGGAGACAUGGGAGACAAAGGACAGAAAGGCAGUGUAGGUCGCCACGGAAAAAUUGGUCCGAUUGGUGCCAAAGGUGACAAGGGUGAGGUGGGUGAUAUAGGACCCCCUGGCCCUCAUGGAGAACCAGGCCUCCCGUGCGAGUGCAGCCAGCUCAGGAAGGCCAUUGGCGAGAUGGACAACCAGGUCACCCAGCUGACCACCGAGUUAAAGUUUAUCAAAAACGCUGUCGCCGGUGUGCGCGAGACGGACAGCAAGAUCUACCUGCUGGUGAAGGAGGAGAAACGCUACGCCGACGCGCAGCUGUCCUGCCAGGGCCGCGGGGGCACGCUGGGCAUGCCUAAGGACGAGGCGGCCAACGGGCUGAUGGCCGCCUACCUGGCGCAGGCCGGCCUGGCGCGCGUCUUCAUCGGCAUCAACGACAUGGAGCGCGAGGGCGCCUUCGUGUACUCCGACCGCUCCCCUAUGCAGACCUUUAGCAAGUGGCGCAGCGGUGAGCCCAACAAUGCCUACGACGAGGAGGACUGCGUGGAGAUGGUGGCCUCGGGCGGCUGGAACGACGUGGCCUGCCACAUCACCAUGUACUUCCUGUGCGAGUUCGACAAGGAGAGCGUGUGAGACCCGGGGACCCUCCCCAGGGCUCUACCUUGACCCCCCUACUCCCCUCAAAACGCGGUGUCCCCGCAAAGGGGACUCUUUUGGAGAAGUGGAGUCUCAUCAUUUGUAUUAGAGCAAAACGUUCUCUAUGAAGUAUUACUCACCACUGCCUCUCUGCACCUCUGCUGCCUGGGUCCAACCACAAAAUAGCGUCUUUCACUCCUGCAGCAGCCCGUGGAGUGACCCGCGGCAACCGUGGGGCCGGAAAUCACUGCCUGUUUCUCUUUUUUUUAAAGUCUAUUUUAUUUCAAAGAGAAAAAAAAAAAGAAAAGAAAAAGUAAAACAAAAUCUAAAACACAUCAUCGGCACAAUAAUGGCACAUGCAUUGCACACUGUUAGCCCCAAAUCAUUCACCCAGAGCAUAAGAAUCUUGCAUUCAAUUGUCUGAACAAUUCCAGCAGAAAUUGUUCUCUUUAGUGAACUCUGAGAAAUCAGCAGUAUAACUAUCUCAAAUAUAUAUAUAUAUAUAUAUAUAUAUAUAUAUAUAUAUAUAAAUGUUGUUUUGGCUUCUCACACUAGGGAGACAGUACGAUGUUUAUACACACUUCUGAUUUAUUUCACUUACAGUAUGGUCUCAAGUUGCAUCCAUUUACCUAUAAGAGUCUCCAGUUUAUCCUUCAUGGCUGAGUAGUACCCCACUGUAUUAAAUACCACACCCUUUUUAUCCAUUCCUCAAUUGAUGGGCAUUUAAAUUGUUUCCAAGGUCUGACUAUCACAAAUUAUGCUGCUGUAAACAUGGGUGCACGUAUCACUUGCCCAUCUCUUAAUUUCCAUACUGAAGAGAGCCACCAAACCACGACCCAUGCACCUGUAAAUUAUACUGAAGUAUAGGUUCCUUUUCACUAGUGUGCAGGUGGAACCGAAUUUGCUUUGCUUUAAACCCAGAUUUCAAGAAUACACAAAUAAAUUCUCUAACCUUGA